GCGGUCUGCAAACUUUUCGAGAUUUGUUGUACAAGGUUAAGCGCUGUUCUGCAUAUUUGCCCCCAUUAGACGACUCCAAAACAGCUACGAUGCCACGAAAAUGGAAAGGAAAGAAAAAGAUCAAGAAGGUUGGCGAUGUGACACUAGACGGCGGGAGGCCCAGUGAUAUCAUUAUACCCGUAAUGGGGCCAACUGGAGCUGGGAAAAGCACCUUCAUCAAUACUGCAGUCGGGAAGGUCGUGACACCUGUCGGCCAUGACUUGCGGUCGUGUACAGCCAAAAUUCAACACACCUUUUGUUCAUAUCCCAGCGAUCCCUCCCGCCGCAUAGUCCUCGUCGACACACCUGGUUUUGAUGAUACGUUCGUGGAUGACUGUGAGAUCUUGAGACGCAUCGCCGUCUGGCUGGCAAGUUCGUAUGGCGAUCAUAUGAAGGUGGCUGGUAUCCUCUACCUUCACGACAUCAGCCAACCUCGGAUGUUCGGUACAUCGCGCAGGAAUCUUGAUAUGUUUCGAAGGCUGUGCGGUGAAAAUGCAGAGAAGAACGUUAUUCUGGUGACCACAAAAUGGGGCGUUGUCUUCCCGGACGUAGGAGAAAGGCGCGAACAACAACUGAAGAGCAGCUUCUGGAAGGAAAUGGUCGCACAUGGAUCAAAAGCCGCUCGGUUCGAUGGGUCCAAGAAGUCUGCUUGGGAUGUGAUAAAUCACAUUCUCGCGCACAACACAGCUGUCGACGCCGUCCGUAUUCAAGAAGAACUGGUUGACUUGGGAAGAAUGCUCCCGGAGACCGACGCAGGAAAUACCUUGCGUGCCGCAUUGAAGGAGAUGGCAGAUACGCAUAGAAGAGCCGUUGAGGGAAUGAAGGGGAAGGCUGGAGAUGACGAGCAACGGCAAAGAUUGGAGGAGACCGAGAAAGAACUUCGUGACCUUUUGAAACAGAUUCGGGAUCUCAAGGUACCACUCGGGAUGCGGAUCAGGUCUUGGUUUGGUCUUGGUUAACGCAGUUCCCACUCAGCUACAUCACCCCUGCUCCCUUCGUUCUCUACUGCAUCGCGCACGCCUCCAAAACCGGAGACUAUGUGUACAUAUUUGGUUGAAUCUACUGUAACUUACCUGAAUUCUGACUACUU